AUGAGCGACGAUUACCUUUUCGACGAUGAUCUCGUGUUCGACGACGGUGCUGUCGCUGCCCUGGACACCCUCGAAAAGUCCUACUUCUCUGAGACAGCACCUCCGCCACCCAAACGCCAAAAGACGAACAAUGGUUUGGAAGAAGACCUGCCCGACAUCUCAGUCGACAUCAAUGGUUCAUACGCUUUUCUCAACUCUGCGCAAUCUACAUCUGCCAAUGUUCCUACUCGACCAGCUCAGCUCAAUAACACUAUCCACCGACCCCAACCUCCCACAAACCAUAUCCGCGCGCAACCUACCCGUAGAAUCGCAUCAAAUCAUACUCAAAGACAUUUCCCUCCUCCAAAUCCCAGUAUUUCCCAGACUGAACUAGAAGACUUGCGUAGACAAGUCCAAGAACUCACACGAAAAAACGAGCACUUUCAAUCACAAAUAGACACUGCCAAUGCGGCAAAGUGGUCGGCUCAAGGCGAAGUGACGAUUCUGCGAGCUGGAAUCAACAAGACAAAUGCAGAACAUGCUCAACAAGUUGAACGGCUCAGGAAAGCUAAGGAGGAGUCCGAAGCGAAGCAGAUAGCAGCUCAGAAGGAAAUGGCUGCUGAAAUGGACCGCUUGAAAGCCUCGCGACGGUUCCAGGAUUUAGACAACAUAGCACGCAAAGUGUCUAUGUCGGCUCGCUCCAAAAGAGUAAUGAAGGAGGUCCCUUCUACGCCUUUGCCUCAACAAGGUUGGAACGAUGUAGACAAUCAGACCCCUCUCCAGCCACGGACCACGCAUUUCAGCCGCGGACCACUGUCCCCCCAGAAUCAACUGUCGCAAAAGAAACUUUUGGGAUUCCGCAAUGCAUUCAUUGAUACACCAAUACGAUCAUCUCAACCUCACAAGAUGGAGACACCACAGCUGGCAACCAAAUUGGAACCUAUACCUUUCCCUCAGUUUCCUGAACCAGCAGCAAUCGACGACGACACUAUUAUGGAAGGUUUCGACGAUGGGGACCCCAACAUUCCUGUUGUUGUUGAAGAGCCAGGUCUUCCCACUCCCAUUGGAGAACCUUUCAACUGGAAAGCCGAGCUCGCACGCAUCCUGUUAACUUUUUCCGCGCCAUGGGAUCCAACUCCAGUUAUCAAACUCCUGUCAGGACUCACAAUGCCACCGGAACUCAUCGAUUCAUAUUCCGAUACCACUACACGAUUAUUCGAUGUUAUAGCAAGCACAACCUCCAAAGAUUAUGAGUUGUGUGUCUCUAGCGCCUGUUCAUGUCUUACUGCAUUGGCAACCAGCAUCAUAGAGACCCAACAGUUUCAGGCUUUGGCUGUUUUGCUCUGCCUGAUGAGUACACUGGCUCGAUCUCUUCCUACAUUCUCAAUGGUCUUGCUCAAUCAAUCUUUGGCAAACGAUGACGAGCAGGACAUGGUUGAGACACUGCAUCAAUUUCUUCGCCAGCUAGUCUCCUCUACAGGUGAAAAGGAGCCAACUCUGGUCCAUGAACUUUUCAGUUUACUGGAAGAGUGGUGCUGGAAUCUGAAAGACGACGGAUAUUCACGGUUCUCGGCGUUUUGUGAACCCCAACUACUCGCAAUCCUUCUCGACGCUUCGCAGCCGUCUUGGCUACUGUGUCGUGUUACGUCCUUUUUACUGCAAGCUGCGAGCCACGUGAAAUUGGCACAGAAGCUUACUUCUCCCCAGAGCACGGGCAAAGAAACACAAACACUUCCCCAUCUUGACCGACUAGCUGUUCUUCUUAUAGAUCAAACGCGGAAUGACGACGAGGGCAUGCAAAUGAAACGGAAUAUCAUUACCUUCUUCGGUGUUCUUGCUGUGGCCCAGACAGAAAUUCACAACACUCUGGUGGGCUAUUCGACCAGCUUGUUUCCUGCACUCGCGGCAUUCUCCUCAAGGUUAACAACGCCUUUUUGGGAGGAUCCGGAUGGCUUUCUGAUCCCAGAGGAAGUUGUCGACAAAUCGAUCUACACACUCAGUCAGACACUCCUUCUGUUUCAUUAUCUGGUCUUCGGCUUAGAGGGUGAUGUGAAUUUACGACACAAAUUCCAACACGCAACGCCUUCACGAGCUUUCAUUGGCAUUACUCACGUCUUCCUGGUGACCUUUGGUCGACUCGGUUGUGCAGAUGCCCCAGACUGGAUGACGGACUCACAAAAACGCGAAUUAGAAUCGUUGGGUGAUAUGGCACAAGAUCUCGUUGAUCUUGUUGUUGAUGGGCCAGAACUGGACAGUCUAUGGGCCGCAUUUCAAGCUGACUCUGAUGAUUCAAUUACUGUGGAUGACGCUGUAGCUCUAGAAGCGAGGCUCGUUGGCGCAGGCUGA